UAUUUUUUAAUUGAAAAAUCUUUGAAAAAAAGAAUUUCGCUUCUCUGUAGCAACCUUCUCAUGAAGUUUUUUCCUGGCCUCUAGGGUUAGGGUUUAAGUAUAGAACCGAAUUCGAUUAUUGACAAUAAAGCAAUAGAAAUGUCGAAGAAGAACAAUUUAGCCCGGAGAAAGAGACAGCAUGAGUUCGAGCUUCAAAAAGAGAAGGAACAGAAAGAAAAGAAAGAGAAGAAGCUCCAAGGAAAGAAGAAUAAGAUGAAAGUUGAUGGUGGUAACAAGACAAAGAAGAGUUCAAGUGGAUUUUCGCUAAGGAAGAAAAAGGUGAAAACCAAAUUGACUGCAUUGACUAAAGCUAAAGCUGCCCAAGCAAUGGAGGUCGACAAAUGAUAGAUGAAGUCCAAAUUUUGAUGUCUUAAGUUUAUGUUGAUAUACUGAUAAGUUAAAGAAGUCAGUUGCUGUUGAAUUCACACUGUUUUUGUAAGUUGUAACUCAUACAGUGAAGUUGUUUAUAGCGUUGACUAUGGUAUUCAUUAGAUUGUGUUCCUAAUCAAUUUGCUUAUGAAGAAAACUUGUGUGGUUGUUGGAAAA